UGUAGCUGAGUGAACAACCCCAGUACCUCCGUCCCGCUGACCUUGUCAUCGAAAGACAACACCUUUACUAUUAUUGGGAUCAAUCAUCGUUUAUAACGUGAACAGCCUUUGCAGCAACUAUGUGGAUUUACAACAUUAUUUUUACUCUCUUCAUCGUCUGUUAUUCAGAGUGUAGGAGGAAUGCAUUACAGGACUACCAGAGGAGUGAUGGCGUGAGAUUGGUCCUACUGCCAGACUCUGCCCUCCAUACCAAAAGCAGGAAGUUGAGCAUUGUGAAGUGUGCCCGUGGUUGCAGCCGCAACAAGAUACUGCUCUUCACCUGCAGAGCGUUCUUGUAUGAUCAGAAAAACAGGAAAUGCCAGUGGCUGUCGUUUGACAGGAACUCACCAGGAGUCCAAAGCCAACAUGACUUCAACUACCAACUCUACCAGAAGAAAGCCUAUGUGCAGGAGUGCAUAGUGGGGACAGGAGUGAACUACAGAGGGAGAAGGUCUGUAACGGCCAGUGGAAUCAGGUGCCAAGCCUGGGCCUCUCCUUUCCCUCAUGAACACAAUUUCCUACCAAGGAGGAACAGGAAGAAGGAGCUGACAAACAACUACUGUCGUAACCCUGACAACGCUAUUUCAGGACCAUGGUGCUUCACUACAGACCCCACCGUCAGACACCAGGACUGUGGAGUACCUGAGUGCUUACAAGUGGAGUGUGUGAGCUGUAAUGGGGAAAGGUACAGAGGUCCCAUGGAUCACACAGAGACGGGACGGGAGUGUCAACGCUGGGACCUAGAGGAACCACACAAACACCUCUUCCACCCCAAGAGGUAUCCUGAUAAAGGCCUAGAUGACAACUAUUGUAGGAACCCAGAUGGACGUCAACGACCGUGGUGUUUCACCCUGGAUGCACACACAUCCUGGGAGUACUGCAACAUCACAGCCUGCUCCUCAGACAGUGUGGGAGAGGUAGAUGUGACUACCAGGUGUUUCCUGGGUCGAGGUGAGGGCUACAGAGGGACAGUAGCAGUAACACCCAGUGGGGUGACCUGUCAACGCUGGGACUCACAGUACCCCCACAACCACACAUACAUACCCCAGGACUAUCGCUGCAAAGACCUGAGGGAGAACUACUGCAGGAACCCUGACGGCCUUGACCUCCCAUGGUGCUUCACUUCAGACCCUAAUGUUCGCAAGGCAUUCUGCACCAACAUCCUCCGCUGUGGCACACAGAAUACUGAACCCCAUGACUGCUACGAGGGCAACGGAGAGAGCUACAGAGGAGAGGUGUCUAGGACCAGGUCAGGUCUUCCCUGUUCCCUCUGGAGAGACCACAGUUGGGACAGAGAUGCAGCGGUGCUGACUGUGGGACAGGAGGCGAGUUUCUGUAGGAACCCAGACAGAGACACACAUGGCCCCUGGUGUUAUACUAACAGCACUGCUAUACCCUGGGACUACUGCAGCAUCAAACCAUGUGUACCAUCAAAGAACACCAUUCCACAGAGAGUGGAGGUGUCCAAUGUGUCAUGUUUCAUCCAUAAGACGACCAGGAUAGUAGGAGGAGCUCCAGUCGCCAUCACAGACGGAAGCUGGAUGGUCAGCAUACAGAAACGGUCCAGUCACUGGUGUGGAGGUUCUCUCAUACGAGAGGAAUGGGUCCUCACUGACAGACAAUGCUUCUCCUCAUGUGUUCCAGACCUGAGUGAGUAUCGUGUGUGGUUAGGUGUAUCAGACCUUCGUGGCUUGGCUCCUAACAGCUCCUUCAGACAGGAAGUCUCCAUCUCCCAUGUGAUCUGUGGUCCUGAGGGCUCCAACCUGGCCCUCAUACGGCUGGCCCAGCCUGCCCUCCCUGCAGACAGUGUCCACACCAUUCAGCUGCCGGUGGCUGGUUGCUCCAUUGCUGAUGGCUCGAUGUGUAGCAUGCAUGGAUGGGGCGAGACCAAAGGUACGGGUCAUGAAGGUGUACUGAAGGUGGUCCAUCUGCCCAUGAUCAGUAAUGAGAGGUGUAGUGAACAACACAGAGGGAACCUCCACAUCACAGACACCAAGAUUUGCGCUGGGGGGAGGAAGGACGAGGGCGUCUGUGAGAGGGACUAUGGCGGCCCCUUGGUGUGCCAGGAAGGAGAGAGCAGGGUCAUAGUGGGGGUCAGUGUCCAUGGCAGAGGCUGUGCCCGUGCCAAUCGGCCUGGCAUCUUCAUCAACGUCCCCUUCUACACCCAGUGGAUCCACAAGGUGUUCCGACACUACCCCGAACCUCAGAUCAACUAGGCACGACCCACAGAUCAACUUGGCACGACCCUCAGAUCAACUUGGCACGACCCUCAGAUCAACUUGGCACUACCCUCAGAUAAUUUAAAUAUCAAAUAAAGAUAAACCUUUAUUCCAUCAUCAAUUAGAGACUCACUCGACCCCCCCCUUGAUAUAGAUACACCAGUGGCUCAGUCACGUAAGGACCAACUGAGUCCCUGUGUAUUUGAAAGAGGGAAAACUCCAGCCAUACAGAAAGAUAUCAAACGCAACUCCAAACUUGAUUCUGGAAUUCAGACUCAUGGGCUUCUAUAUGUCUUUGGAGUGGACCUGUGAAGUGGAAUGUAAUUGUGUUGACUGCUGGAUCGAUCCUUUAGAUAAUAUAAAUAUGUAGUGUUACAGACAUGCUACUAAGGACAACCAAGGUGUGGAUAUGUGGUUGGCUAAACACCAUGUGCUGAAGCUGGUAAGGUUUGGAUGUUCAGGACUCAUAUUGUACACAAUCAGUAGGAAUCUGUAGACAAUGUGGUAAUAGGGGAGAGUGGGGUAAAUUGAGACACCCCUGUUUUUAGGAAACCAUAUACAAAAUUAAUAAUGUGACCACAUAUUUAGGAAGAGGUCAUCAUUUCAUGGAGUCAGAAGGAAGAAACCACCACCACAAAGUAAAUUGAAUGUAUUGUGUUCCAGGUUCCAUGAUGCUUGUAUCUAAACCAAAGUUAGAUGUACAUCAGUUGGGGUCUUUAUAAGCUACAAUAUGAGGUCCUAAAUCUAGCAUAAAAGUGCAUCCUUGUAGCUGUGUGAACUAAUAUAAUCAAAAUGUUUGCCUUGGUGUAAGUUGAGCCAAUGGCCACCAUACCCCACGUGUCAUGCAUAUACACUCAUGAUAGUGCAUUUGUAUUAUUACAGAGCAGACAUCAUCAUGCCCCUUGUAUACAAACGUAAAACAAGCAGGGGUCUAGCCGCCUUUAGUUUCUUGAGAGAGCAACCAAGGAAGUGAGAGAAGGGAAGAAGUCCAUUUGAGCAGCAGAAAAGGAUAGAAAAAAUGGUCUUUAUGACACUGAAGAGGUACAUUUUUUUAUUUUAUUUUUUUAUUUCACCUUUAUUUAACCAGAUAGGCUAGUUGAGAACAAGUUCUCAUUUGCAACUGCGACCUGGCCAAGAUAAAGCAUAGCAGUGUGAGCAGACAACACAGAGUUACACAUGGAGUAAACAAUUAACAAGUCAAUAACACAAUAGGAAGAAAAAAAAAGUGGAGUCUAUAUACAUUGUGUGCAAAAGGCAUGAGGAGGUAGGCGAAUAAUUACAAUUUUGCAGAUUAACACUGGAGUGAUAAAUUAUCAGAUGGUCAUGUACAGGUAGAGAUAUUGGUGUGCAAAAGAGCAGAAAAGUAAAUAAAUAAAAACAGUAUGGGGAUGAGGUAGGUAAAAAUGGGUGGGCUAUUUGCCGAUAGACUAUGUACAGCUGCAGCGAUCGGUUAGCUGCUCAGAUAGCAGAUGUUUGAAGUUGGUGAGGGAGAUAAAAGUCUCCAACUUCAGCGAUUUUUGCAAUUCGUUCCAGUCACAGGCAGCAGAGAACUGGAACGAAAGGCGGCCAAAUUAGGUGUUGGCUUUAGGGAUGAUCAGUGAGAUACACCUGCUGGAGCGCGUGCUACGGAUGGGUGUUGCCAUCGUGACCAGUGAACUGAGAUAAGGCGGAGCUUUAUCUAGCAUGGACUUGUAGAUGACCUGGAGCCAGUGGGUCUGGCGACGAAUAUGUAGUGAGGGCCAGCCGACUAGUGCGUACAAGUCGCAGUGGUGGGUGGUAUAAGGUGCUUUAGUGACAAAACGGAUGGCACAGUGAUAAACUGCAUCCAGUUUGCUGAGUAGAGUGUUGGAAGCAAUUUUGUAGAUGACAUCGCCGAAGUCGAGGAUCGGUAGGAUAGUCAGCUUUACUAGGGUAAGUUUGGCGGUGUGAGUGAAGGAGGCUUUGUUGCGGAAUAGAAAGCCGACUCUUGAUUUGAUUUUCGAUUGGAGAUGUUUGAUAUGAGUCUGGAAGGAGAGUUUACAGUCUAGCCAGACACCUAGGUACUUAUAGAUGUCCACAUAUUCAAGGUUGGAACCAUCCAGGGUGGUGAUGCUGGUCAGGUGUGCGGGUGCAGGCAGCGAACGGUUGAAAAGCAUGCAUUUGGUUUUACUAGCAUUUAAGAGCAGUUGGAGGCCACGGAAGGAGUGUUGUAUGGCAUUGAAGCUCGUUUGGAGGUUAGAUAGCACAGUGUCCAAGGACGGGCCGGAAGUAUAUAGAAUGGUGUCGUCUGCGUAGAGGUGGAUCAGGGAACCGCCCGCAGCAAGAGCAACAUCAUUGAUAUAUACAGAAAAAAAGAGUCGGCCCGAGGAUGGAACCCUGUGGCACCCCCAUAGAGACUUCCAGAGGACCGGACAGCAUGCCCUCCAAUUUGACACACUGAACUCUGUCUGCAAAGUAAUUGGUGAACCAGGCAAGGCAGUCAUCUGAAAAACCGAGGCUACUGAGUCUGCCGAUAAGAAUAUGGUGAUUGACCGAGUCGAAAGCCUUGGCAAGGUUAUGAUAUCGUUUAGUACCUUGAGCGUGGCUGAGGUGCACCCGUGACCGGCUCGGAAACCAGAUUGCACAGCGGAGAAGGUACGGUGGGAUUCGAGAUGGUCAGUGACCUGUUUGUUGACAUGGCUUUCGAAGACCUUAGAUAGGCAGAGCAGGAUGGAUAUAGGUCUGUAACAGUUUGGGUCCAGGGUGUCUCCCCCUUUGAAGAGGGGGAUGACUGCGGCAGCUUUCCAGUCCUUGGGAUCUCAGAUGAUAUGAGAGGUUGAACAGGCUGGUAAUAGGGGUUGCGACAAUGGCGGCGGAUAGUUUCAGAAAUAGAGGUUCCAUUGACGAUCAGCAAGGCUAUGACAGAGUAGCAGAGGCACACAAGGUCUCAUCUGAUGACAUGGAGUCUCAGCUUGCUGAUCAUAUCAAGAAUCUGGCAGACCAGUUUCAUGGGCUUAGCCGUGAAUGCAGAGAACUGGCACAAUUGGCACAUUGAAGUAACAUCUAUAUCCCAGGCAACUGGUCAAGAAAUGAAAGGGUCAGUGAUAUUGAACAGCGAGAUGUAUCUGAAUGUAGGCAUACAUUUAAGAUAUACACUAUACCCCCAUUCCAUUAAUUCAACUUUGACCUACCAGCAUCAUCACCCACUAUCACAGGUAACCAUCACCCACUUACUUACCUCAAGGCGGCUCAACUGACCUUGUUCCUUUGCUCAACCUACCCCAUACCCGGGGUAAGAUGUGCCAAAAUAUCACAUUUUUUGAACAAGCUGUGUAUUCAAAACUGUUAUGUUUCCAUGAAUUCUGAUUUUUUUCCAGGGAUACACAACAUCCUGAAAUACAUUACGAAAUUGUACUAGAGUUGUUCUCCCCUUUGCUGCUAUAAAUGCCUCCACUCUUCUGCAAAGGCUUUCCACUAGAUGUUGGAACGUUGCUGCUGGGACUUGCUUUCAUUCAGCCAAUAGAGCAUUAGUGAGGUUGUGUACUGAUGUUGGGCGAUUAGGCUUGGUUCGCAGUCGGCUUUCCAAUUCAGCCUGAAGGUGUUCGAUGGGGUUGAGGUCAGGGCACUGUGCAGGCGAGUCAAGUUCUUCCAUACCGAUCUCGACAAACCAUUUCUGUAUGGACCUCGCUUUGUGCAUGGGGGCAUUGUCAUGCUGAAACAGGAAAGGGCCUUCCCCAAACUGUUGCCACAAAGUUGGAAGCACAGAAGCUAUAGCGUUAAGAUUUCCCUUCACUGUAACUAAGGGGCCUAGCGCUAAUCAUAAAAAACAGCCCAAGACCAUUAUUUCUCCUCCACCAAUGUUUACAGUUGGCACUAUGGAUUCAAGCUGGUAUUGUUCUCCUGGCAUCUGCAAACACACAUUUGUCCGUCGGACUGCCAGAUGGUGAAGCGUGAUUCAUCACUGCAGAGAACACAUUUCCACUGCUCCAGAGUCCAAUGGCGGCGAGUUUUACACUACUCCAGCUGAUUCUUGGCGUUGCGCAUGGUGAUCUUAGGUUUGUGUGUGCCCGCUUGGCCAUGGAAACCCAUUUCAUGAAGCUUCUGACGAACGGUUAUUGUGCUGACGUAGCUUCCAGAGGCAGUUUGUAACUCUGUAGUGAGUGUUGCAACCAAGGACAGAUGAUUUUUAAGUGCUAUGCGCUUCAUCACUUGGCGGUCCCGUUCUUUGAGCUUGUGUGACUUACCACUUUGCGGCUGAGCCAUUAUUGCCCCUAGAAUUUUGUACUUCACAAUAACAGCACAUACAGUUGACUGGGGCAGCUCUAGCAGAGCAGAAAUUGGAUGAACUGACUUGUUGGAAAGGUGGCAUCCUACUGUAUGACGGUGCCACAUUGAAAGUUACUGAGCUCUUCAGGCCAUUCUAUUGCCAAAUGUUUGUUUAUGGAGAUUGCAUGGCCAUGUGAUUGAUUUUAUACACCUGUCAGCAACGGGUAUGGCUGAAAUAGCCAAAUCCACUCAUUUUAAGUGGUGUCCACAUACUUUUGUGUAUAUCUUUGGUAGAAACAAUACUAUUUUUCACUUGACAAAGUGAUGCUAAAUGUUUAAAAAAAAUAGCUCAACCUACCCCAAUCUCCCCUACACUUGAUUCCUGAAGUUACUUGAAUGUACUGAAAAUCAAAAGGCAGUAGCUCUCUACUUCUGUAGUGUUCUUCUGUACUAUGCCAAUAAGUGUCACAGUGUAAAUAGUUUGCUGAGUGUGACUCUAACACUCUGAAUUUUAUAUUGGUCUUAUAGACCUGUGAGAGGAUGAUGAAGUUGGCCUUUUAGGAAGAUGGAAAGAUCAAUAUGAAGCCAUUGAAUGUAAAUAUGUUUUAUUUCUGUAUAUGUACAGUAUUUUAAAGGUAAAAGGGAAUGGAUUGCAACUCCAAGCCUUACCAGUGUCCUCUUACCCUUUCCCCUCCUCUCUUUCUAUUUCCACUUCUCUCCUCAUCUCUCCUCCCCGCCUCUCUUACCGCAGUAAUGUAUUCUGUUUGAUAAACACACAGAACUCAUUACCACAGGCCAGUAUGACUGAUUCCGUGUGUGUGUGUGUGCGCGUGUGUGUGUGUGUGAAUUCUAUUGGAGUGAAUUAUAUUCCCUCCCCUCCCACAGCCUCUGGCAGACAUCCAGUAACUAUCUACUCUGGAAAUUAACUUUCACAGAAUCUGUUACUGCAAACUGUUACCGAAAUGGAGGUGUAUUGUAUUUUGUAUGUUAUCAUUGUGGAAGUAUUAGCCUCUAUAUCUAUCACAUGUUGGUCUGACUAUUUCACCUGGGAAUGUGAGGGGUCAAACAAGUAGGCCCACUUUCUAGCUCUUCUUAUAUUUCAUUCAUUUGUAUUUGAACAUUUAGUGAAGUUGUAUUCUGUGUGUGUGUGUGAUGCUGCUAUACAAUGUUAGAUUAUCUGUACCUGUAUACUCUAGGCUACUGUACAUGUAUUGUUUUUCAUUUGAAUACUCAAUUUCAAUACAGUACUAUCAUAUACCUGUAA